AUGCCUGAAGCGCUCGAAUGGACAGACGAAAAGCCUAAGUACAAUGCAAGUGGAAAUGUGACGAAUCCAGAGGCGUGGCUGGAUUUCGAAGUCGCGCCCAUUGACUGGCAGCUCAUCACCGUGAAGGACGCGAAGGGAGAUCUGCCGCGUUCGGCAAUGACCGAUGACUUUGUUCCCAUCAGCACCUUUGUGGCGUCGUCAAGAUCCACCCUCAAGCGCGGCCGAGACCAUGGUACAGACCUUUCGCCGCCUUCUAAGCGCCAAAGGGCUGAGAUACUCACCCAUCCCGUUGAGAUUGACCACGUGCAUCCCCCUGUACUGAACUUUGGAGCGACGUGGGCGGACAAUAGCUGUGCGUACGACGCCGUCGCUACCCUGAUGGCAUGGGUCACGGCUGAAGCUCCUGAAGAGUGGCUUCCGCGACUGAAGUGCUGGGGGAGCGAUGGCGCCUCUAUUCUAUACAGCGCCCUAGAUGCGCAUUUGAGCAUGACCCUCGCAGCCAGCUUGGACGUGACCGCUAUCAGAGACUCCGUGCGCGCCUUCUUACACGUUACCGCCCCAGCUACGUUCGUCCCGGGUCAGUACACUGUUCUUCACUCUGUCCUCACUCAUCUGUUCAACGUGAACAGAUGUGUCGCUAUUACGACGACGCAAUGCAAGAAGAGCCAGACGCAUGACUUGCAUGGCGCAGUUGGUCCGCGCAUGAGAUCCUCAACGGCGCCUGUGUUUGAGAUUGAGGCUCAGUACGCACGGGAUGUCGGUAAGUGGUUCAGAGGGUCUGACGCUCGAGAUGUUUGGCCCCUGCCUUUGCGGUUUGUGCCUGGUCUCAACACCGCUGUCGCUAUCCCUCCUUUGGCCGAUGAUGACUUUAACCGGUACAUCCGCGCCCUUGUCCUCCCCAGCGACUGGACGAAGGAUACGAUUGCGAUGGUCAGGCUUCUGGCCGCCAUUGCGCCCCGCAACCUGACCUCCAUCGUCUUCGGAAGAAACGGGCGUGCCGCCUGGUACGUCGACAUGAAGACAAUGUGGACGUCGCCUACUAUGGACGACUUGAUGGCACCUGUUCUGACUCUGACGGUCUUCAACGCUCCUCGGGAAGGUCUUCAUUUCCUCUUUGGCCGUGUUCCUUCGUCUGUUGGGAGACCGAUGUCCGCUCUACUCAAGGCCGUGCACAUCAAGGCGUCUGCCAUCGUCACCGAUAACUGGAGCGAUCCAACGGAGCCUUUGGGCUGGCGCUCAGAGGAAGACGACGAGGAUUCACGCGUAGUUAUGGUUGCCGAUACUCUGGAGAUCGAUUUAAGAGAGGGAAUCCGAGAUCUCGUGAAGUUCAUCUACUUCCCCUCGCUUGUUCACCUCACGCUGUACACGGGGCGCCUUCGCUCUGGAGAAUGGCAGACGGUCGAGCGCCUCCUCUCGGACUCUGCCUCUCAAUUGCGGACUCUCCGCCUGUAUAAGGGGAGUUACACAGAGAGCGACACGAACUUCACCAACUUCUACUGUCAUUUGACUGGACUUUCUACGGUCAUUGUACAUUGGGCGCUCGUCUCACACCUUGAAGGGAUCCACGGGCUUAUUUUUCCCGGUCAAGUCGAGCUUAUUGUAGAGAAGUACGACGCAAACACGGCCGAGGAAGAGGAGUACGAGCGCGCAGCACCUGUGCUACAUUUGCCUCAUUGGCGCCGCGUGGCUUUCAAGUACAUGCUACCCGACGGCUCUGGCUCUCAGGCACUGCAAACACAGCGUCUGACGCAGCUUCGGAACAAAGCUGGCGUUCCGUGGAUUGUCUUUACUGUAUUCGAACCGCGCUUCUGCCCUGAUUUCCGCCUUGAUGUCAUCAUGUCGCUUCUGGGUCACGCGGUCGUGGGAGGCACGAAGCUCGCUCGCACACUCCGCUCGAGUGACUACUCCAUCAGCGAAGAGGACAUCAGAAACCGCUCUUAUCCUAGGGACAACAUCGCUGCCUUUCGGCGCCGGGAGGUCUUGGCGAACGAACUAGAACAAUCACUUGCUGAGUGCAUUGCCGAGCUCGCCAAACUCGCUGAACUCAAAAAUGCUCUUACGAUGCGCCUUCGCGACCUGAGAGCUCUGCUUUCCCCUAUUCGUCGGCUCGGUGACGACGACUUAUCGUGCAUUUUCAAUCAUCUGGCGCUCGCACUCGACAACCCCUCCGAUCGUGCCGCUUCCUUCGCUAGAACGAUAUGCAAAGUGUGCUUCAGGUGGAACUCUGUCGCACGUAGGAUGGUGAAUGUCUGGACGUAUCUGAGCCUACAGCACAAUCGCCUACCGCCUACUACCCGACGCUCCUCACGCACCAGUCGAUGGGCCCACUUUUCCUAUCAGGCAUCUCUCUUCAGCAAUGCGUCUAUCCAUGUCAAAUGGGACCAUCUUAGCGGCUUCGACGAGCUCUCGCACUUUGCAAGCAAAUGCAAGGGUCGUCUGGCCUCGCUUGUGGUUUACAUGCCUUGGACCGACGUCGACGUUCUUGCCAAGGACGGGUUCUGCUCUCUUCGCCGCCUUGACCUCGUUCUAUUCCACUCUCAGUGUCUGGGGCUUGCCGCGUUGGGGUCGAUGCUGCGUCUAGAGCAUCUCGUCCUCAGCGGCGAUGGCCCAAGCAGCGGCGCCGACCUCGAGAACACAUUCUUCUGCCUCCCUUCCCUCCGCCACUUGAGCAUCGACAUCGAUCCUCCUUUGCCUUCCUCAUUCAUCGCGCUCUCCCUCGCUGGCUCAUCUCUUUACCUGGCGACUCUGCACAUUAGGACGGGCCUUUCUAUUGAUUGCCCUCCGACGGCGGCGCAUCCCAUUCAACUCCCAUCCCUCGUCGACCUCCUCCUCGAGCGCAGCGCAUGCGCAUUGAUUUGGAGCUUACGGACCUCUGGUCUCAAGGCUCUGGACCUCCGCAACGUCGAUGUGUCCGAGGACUUCGAUGGUUCCUUAUUCAAGGGGCUGCAUGCUAUGCUCGCCACGGCAGAAGAUACGUCACAGUUGAACGCGUUGUCGCUUUCCAACGUUUCGACUUCUCUCGACCGGGAGAAGGCAGCUAUCCGGCCGUGUCUACUGCAGUUGGCCAACGUCACUACGAUCUUCGUCGCACCCGGACGGUCUUCCAACGGACUUUGGGACAUCGCAGAUAUAUUCGCGCAUAUGCUCACCGUAGGCCCGAAGAACCUGAAGGCGUUAGAGCUUACAGCCAUUGAGUUGAUAGAGCCCCAAAUUGAUCUCGGUGGCUGCCGUAUACGGAAGAGCUCGACGAGAGCGGUCCCGACAAACAGCGAUGUGAGCCCUACGCAACUGCCGGAUGCAUCCGCGCACUCAGACGGUGUUUUCUACAUGGGCGUCGAUGGUCUUUGGCGACGGGCUGCGCGUCAACACUCAUCGACUUUCUCUGCCAUGGGCGUAGUCUACGCCUGCACGAGCGUACGACCCACUCCUUUUGCUUGCGCCCUUGAACGCUUCCGCAAUGUCUUACUUCGGAUGGGCUUGGGGUCCUACCUAGACUCUUCAGGACCGCGUCUCAUUCGACGGCACGCCCUUCUCAUUACGACUUAUAUAACCAUUGCUGAACAUCCGGCGGCCAUACGGAAGUUGGAAAAAGGCCAUCAAACGGUUCACGUUCGGAGCGCCUCCGAUUACCGCUGUAUGGCAAUGAAAGCCUCAGUAAUCGCCCCCUUCGUGCGUGAGCUCGUCAUCCAUCACCACGAACUCUUGGCGGUGGGCCCUGCCUUCACAAAAGUCCAUACCAUCGACUGGUGCACCAAAAGCGCUCCCUCCCGCUCCGUGGACAUUCAACAACGCCUUCCACGCUUUCUGUCGCAAUUCCCAAGUGUUGUGCACCUUCACAUGAGCGCCAGGCCGUAUGGCCUUCGCGACGUCGACAUUGGGCUUCAACGCGCGAGUCCGGGACUUCGCAGCCUAACUAUAUCGCUCAAGACCAUCUCUUCACCUUUCUUCUUGGCCGAGAGUGUCGCGGCCUACCCCGACUUGCGGCAGUUAACCAUUUCUCAUCACUUCUUCGCGCAGUUCUCCACAUUCUCCGCCGAGUACUUUCGACGGAAUGCGCCCGGGAUCACAACUCUGAACUUUAUGCAGGGUCUAUCCUGGGCAUCGUUGAACGACCUCUUGUCCGUCACGCCUCCAAUGGUGACGGAGCUCGGACUAGGCCUGUUCCCCGCGAACGCGUACAUGAAACCUCUAGCUAACACGGCGGCGGACACACUUCGGCGCUUGCGCGUUCUCAAAGUGGACAUGAGACGUGGGAAUGACAACAAGCGACGCGAAUGGCACAGUCUCGCCGAUUUCUUGCAUACGGAGCGAGAGAAGGGCAACCUCGCUGCGCUGCAGAAGCUGCGGAUCAGGGUGAUGACGAAGCGGAUGUCCGCUGUUGCGCUGGCUGGGAACUGGUGCUUCGCGCUUUUCGAUUCGGGGGAUGGCCUAAACAUGAUAGACUGGCACGUCUGGGUUCACCAGGCGCUGGGGAAGACGUGCUCGUUGGAGAUAGUUGUCAUCGUCGACUUUGCCCUCAACGGGAAAAGGGCGGACGACCUCCUGGACGCCCGCGAACCUAAGAAGGACAGCUGGUUCGAGACAGCCGAUCUCAAACGACCUCGUUCUACCUCAGGCGAGUAA